CCUUUCUUUUUCUCGCUCCCUUUUCUAAACUUUGAGCAAUCUAAUUUGUAAAACUUAUUACUUACUACCUUUUACAAUGAAGUUCUCUGUUGCUGCUGUCUCUGCUUUUGCUUUAUCAGCUCUAUCUCUUGUAGCUGCUGAUUCCUACGCGGAUGCGAUAAAAGCAUGGUGUUCUGGUCUUGAGGUCACUACUCCUGACUCGUCAGUUAUCGCUGUUGCUGGGCAAAACAUGAAAAUUACAGUUACAAGAGAAGAAAAUGAUAAGGAAAAAACCAUUACUGGUCUCGAUUUGUACUCAGUUUCAAGCUCUGGAGAAGCCAAAUAUGUCCAAAAUGUUUGGGCUGGUGAUUACAAAUUAAAGAGCACUGCCUCUAUCACGGAUGAUCUUCCUUCUAAUGUUUCUCCCGGCCUCUAUUACUACCGUGCCUGGAUCACUAACUUGAUUAACGGUCGACACGGCCCUGAUUGUAUUGAAACCUCUCAUACCUUCAAGGUCACCUCUGGUUCUCACAAGAAUGCGGCUGGCAUUGUCGAAUACGCUGAAUCUAUUCAUGACAACAAUCUCUAUAACGCUGACCAUGCUGACGGUUGCUUUGGCAUUUCGGUCGACUAUCCUCAAGAGGGAAGUACUUUUAAGAACGGUGAUCAUGUUCAUAUCCAAGUCAAGCGCGAUGCUUCAUCUCAAACAGAUGCUCUUACAAAGAUCGAACUCUACAAAGGUGACCAAUUAAUGAAUACUGCUUGGCAAGGCUCCGAAUCCUUCCAAAACUCUUUUGUCCUGAAGGAUCACAUGAAUCUUCCUGCUGUGGAUCCUAAUGCCAAUGAUUACCACUACAAACUCUAUAUUACCUCCAAAAAGAAUGAUCAAAAGACAUGCACUUUCACUUCCAGCAACUUUAAGAUUUCUAUUUAAACAAAUAAUUAUAGCAACAACUUGUAUACAGACAAACACGACCAGCUGAUGUUUUAAGCUUUUUUUCAUUCUUCUUAUGAAAACGUGGCAUUAGAGCAGCCCAUAUUUUUGUACAUUACUCUUUUUCAAAUAUACAUGUAUAUCUAUUACAACCCUCCCAUAUUCCCCCACCCUU